UUCAAAGGCUUGCUCUGCUGAUAAGGACUUGUGCUCAAAGCUGAGGAACUAAGCCACUUGCCAAAAUGUGCAAAGGACUUGCAGCCUUGCCCCACUCAUGCCUGGAAAGGGCCAAGGAGAUUAAGAUCAAGUUUGGAAUUCUCCUCCAGAAGCCGGAGUCUGCUGUUGACCUUGUCAUUCCAUACACUGAAAAGGCAGAGAAACCAGCCAAGACCCAGAAACCCUCGUUGGACAAGGCCCUGCAGUGGCGCGAUUCCCUGGACAAGCUCUUGCAGAACAACUACGGACUUGCCAGUUUCAAAAGUUUCCUGAAGUCUGAAUUUAGUGAGGAAAACCUUGAGUUCUGGAUGGCUUGUGAGGAUUACAAGAAGAUCAAGUCCCCUGUCAAGAUGGCUGAGAAGGCAAAGAAAAUUUAUGAAGAAUUUAUCCAAGCGGAGGCUCCUAAAGAGGUGAAUAUUGAUCAUUUCACGAAGGACAUCACAGUGAAGAACCUGGUGGAACCUUCCCCAAGCAGCUUUGAUGUGGCCCAGAAAAGAAUCCAUGCCCUGAUGGAAAAGGAUUCACUUCCUCGCUUUGUGCGCUCUGGGUUUUAUCAGGAGUUCAUCAAGUAGCAAUGUAGUUGGUCUGUGAGAAUCAUCCCGAGAGUUAUUUCCUCCACAAUAACCCUGCACUUUCCAGCAACCCACAUAUUUUCCUAUAGCAGCUUGCUCAAAGACUCUCAAACGGAAAACCCCAGGGAGUGUUGCUUCCUCCUUUGCCCACAUUGUUUUGGAUGUUUAUCUAUUGCCCAAAUGCCUUCCUUUUCCAAUUUCCUCUUCCUGCCCCGAUUCUUAAUUAAGCUCUACUCUUGUAUGUUGUUGUGAAACUCAAUCAGAACGACAGAAAAAAAUCUAUCAAAAGAAAUAUAAAACAAGAAUAUGAUAUAAUUGAAUGUAGGUCCAUUUGGUUUAGGUAAUGGAUCUCCCCCUAAAUUGGUAUAAAAAAGAAUGUGGAUGUGGAAAGUCCAGUUUCAACUGAGACUAACUGAUCUCAUUUAAAAAAAAAUUCUGAUCCAUGAGGGGGUCACCCCUCUCAUUAUUUCUGAACUUGGUUAGUAAAAGUUGCUAAGAAUUUUAUGAGGCUGAGCCACUAUUGGAUUUUUUUAAGCAAAUACAUUGGUAAAAAAUAUUGAUCUUCUUCUGAGAGCAUCUUUGUGUUAGCUAGAGAUUAUAAACAAGAGAUAUAGAUACAUAAAUAUGCUGUUUAUAUAAAAUCGAUCUGAACACCAUCCAUAUAGCUUCUUUCCCUAUACUUCCCUCAUACCUUCCCAUGCAUAAAGUUAUCAAAUUCUGUAUUAAAUCAAUGUCCUGAGAUUGACAAGGGACUACUUUAUACAUGUAUCUGUGCCUCUAGUAUGUAGGCACAAAGUUUUAAUUUUCAAAUUAUUUAAAAUUCGUGUGAGUAUAAUAUUACAAAAUUUCUGACUCCAAUCAUAUAAAACAGUUGCUACUCAUUGCAGUGGUCUCCCACCUCAAUAUCAAGAGGGCUGUACACUAAGAUGGGAAAAUCUUGUCAAGCCUAAAAUGGUUAGUUGUCCUAUGAUGCCAUCAGUUUGUUUAGUAAAUGACGGUUAUCUUUAAAACACCAAAUUAUCUUUGGAAAACUUAAUUUGACUAAAUGCAGAGACGUUCUAAGUGAGAUAAAAUUUUAAAGUACCCUGCAUUUUGCAAAAUAAUCUGAUCUUUUAGCACUCCCUCACUUCCCUCCCUAUUUUGCUCGCUGCAUUAAUGAAUUGUAUUUAUAGUCAAAAUGCACAUUUUUACCCCUAACAUGCCUUACACACAGUCAAUUGAUAAGCCAUGGUAUUUUUAGUAGGUUUAAACUUUUAAUUCUGUAUUUCAUUAUUAUAAGUCUUGCUAGAAUUUUUUUCUUAUCUUUAGUAGAUUUGAUUAAGCAAUGAUUUACAUAAUCUAGUAAUAAAGAGAGUCAAACUGUGUAUGAAUAUAACCAAGGUGAGGACACUGAGUUAACUAAACAAGUAAUUUUUAAAGGAUUAAUAAAAAUCUGAAAUGUUUAAGUAGAAGACUACAUUGUUUAGUCUUGUAGUUUCUCCUUUUGUUUCUUUUUUUCUUUCACACACUCCUAGUUUCACAUGCUUGUAGCCCAUUUAUUCAGUUAAUUGCUAAGAAUAUUGAAAAUGAAGCAACUAUAUGACUGUAUUCUUUGAGUAAACACUGACUGUAUUUGUUGGGUUUUCCUUUUUUUUUUUUUUUUUUUUGUAUUUCAAAGGCUAAUGUGCCCUUCCUGAAUACUUGCCAUUUCAAACUCUGAAAAUGGGUCGGAGUGACUGGGUCUACUGCCAACUCUUGCUAGUCUGGUAUGAGUUCAUUCAUAUUUGUCAGUAUUGCUCACUUCAAAGAAACUCCGUCAUCAAGCAGUCGACAGCUAGGUCAGACCAACAUUGUGAGCAUGAAAAAGAAGUUCUCACCAUGUCUAUUCAUUUAGGAGUGACAAGCAACUCACAACAAGAAUUCCUAGCACAACCAUCCUCAGCAUCUGUCUAUGCUGCCCCAAAUCAGUAUAAAAUCACCAAUCCUUUACUUGCUAAUGCAGCUAGAAAAUUUAAGAACUGAAGAAUCUAGGUGAGUUAUUUUUUUCUUGAAUGCCAAAACAUUUUUAAGAAAAAUUUUGAUGUCAUUAAUAUCUCAAAUAUUUUAUUCAUAUUAUUUGAAACAACAAAAUGUUUGAAAAUACCCAGAGAAUUAACUAGAGAUUACAGCGUUCACCAAGAUGGUUGAUGUGACAAAGACUCGGACUGACUGUAUUCACAAAUUGACUGCACAUCCUAUGUAAGUGGGUAGACUUGUCAGUGGAGGAUAAGAAGGACCUUCACCUUUUCAUAAGCUGAACCCAGGAGGCAGAGGGCAGGAAAAGCACCAGGAGGGCAAUGCUGUAAAGGCUACAAGAAGCAUGAAUGCCUUGCAGUCAACCAGUGACAUGUAAUAUAUAUGUAAAUAUGAUUUUAAAUUUAAAGCAGUACACACACACACACACACUUCUAAAUAAUAAAGUUAAAAGGAAUACAAAUAUCACAGCCCAAAAUGAAAAUGCAAAUGUAUAAAAAUUGCCCUAGAAAAUUCUUUGAAAUCUUUGGUGUUUUUAAACUUAGAAAAAAACCUGAGCUACUAGAAGUUGCCAUAGUAAUACAAACAAAAUAAACAUUCUUUUAAAUUUUGGGAAAUUCGGAAAACUGGGAUGAUCUUUCCAGGAAAAAAAAUGUGUAACAUCUGUUUAUCACUCCCUUUGCCUUCUCCCCUUCCUCCCCACUCUCCCUUGAGUAAAUUGCCUGGGAAAGUAUGAAACUCAAUGCAGGAGUGAGCCUUGUGGUGCUGGCAUUUUCCUCCCUUGUGAAAAUGUAACAGUCAUAAGUGGAUCUGGGAUGUAGAGAGGUGCUCAAUGGGAAUAGGAGUAUAUGCUUCUCAUCCUUGAGAGAAACCUAAGAUUAGGUAGGCAGGUCAGGUAACCACCAUAACCUGUUUUUCUGCCUGGGUUUGAUAUAGUUUGUGGUUGGUGUCUGAUUAGUAUCUAAACUUGACCAGAAGAAAGAGACAGACUAUCAACUCUCAGAGUAAAUUAGGAGGCUGUGUUCCAUGUUCAUCUGCUAAAGCAAUGCUUGUUCAUGUGAACAACCCCCUACACACACACGCACACAUGCACACACAUACACAUUUUCUUUCUCUCAGAUAGACACCUUCUGAAAUGCAGAACUGAGGUGAUUCAGUAACUUUGCUUUCAAAUCAAUAGAAUCAAAUUUCUGAAAACAUUUUGUGCCCCACUCCCCAUGCCAUCUAUGUACUCUAAUUCUCUAUGGUAUAAAUUAUGCUUUAAGCAGAUUUCAGUUUUUAGUCCAUAAAGAGAAGAAAUUGUUAAAGAAAUUGUUUUUACUUUUGUCCUCUACGAAGCCAUGGAUUAUGCUUGGUUGAUGUGCUCUCUGUAUGCACUCCCUUUCAACAGGGUGGACCUGUUAUUAUUUCCCAAAGAAUAAUAGAUAUCCAGAAGUUUCAAUAAAAACUUGACCAUUAGUAAAUCAAUUGGUAAACUAAUAAACAUUCCCUGCCAGGGCUUUGUCAAGCUAUCUGUCCCAUCACAAAUUUGAUAAUUUGAGAAUCAUUUCAAAGGCUAUCAUAUUUCAGAGGAAUCAUUUUUAUCCCUGAAAUCAUUCCCUCUAGCAGGCCAUUUUCCUUGUUACCUGGUAAUUUAGCAAGUUUGAGAGAAAUAGGGUCAUAAGAAAAGAAAGGGGAGAAAGGAGAGAUGGGAAGUGGUAAAGAAGUGCCCAGACCUACAAAGUGAGUCCAUUCACUAGGAGACAUUUAAGAGCAGCUCCACUUGAUUGGAAAUCAAAUAGUUUUUGCUGUCACCACCAAGAUUUGCAGGAAUGCUUUUCUUGACUAACAAUGCAGAUUGAUGUGAAAAUCCAUUUUAAUAUCCUAAGGAUUCUUGAUUAGAUAAAAGAAGAAACAUGGAGGAUUUUCUUUCCCCAGUGGGCUUGCAUGUGCCAGAGAGCAGAGUAUGGAGAACCCAGUUUCUAACAUCCAAAUGUCCAAACCCAAGGGCCAGGCAACUCUCUGUAGGUUCUGGACACAAUGUCUUGAUACAUCUCAGUAUAUGGGUUUUCCAGGCUCUCCAUUCUAUAAGAGUGUGUUCAAUUCUUGCCGUGGAUAAGGCUUUUUAGCAAUUUAGCAAUUUAGCAUAUGAAAAUAUGCUAAACAUAUUUUCAUUCAAAUAGGUUAUAUGGCAGACCAGAGCAAUAGAUAUCCAAAGAAAGGCUUUCCCCAGCAUACUGGAACUGAAAAGAUCAAGACUUCCAACAGAGACAUUUGUAGCUUUCAAUGGAAACUCAUAGCAGAGAGUAAUGGGAAAAAGACAGACAACCGAACUUUGGAAUAUUGUCCUCACCUCACAGUUUAAUAAUAAUCAUUUCUAGUAGAGAAGCUACAAAACCAACAUUUAUAUCCAGUUUGAUAAGCCUCUUGUUUUUUGACCUGAGACAAUUUUCCUUUCUGUCUCACACCUAUAUCUCCAUUCCUUUUCUCCCCCCGUGUGAGGAUACCUUUUAUCCUGAGGAUAAAAUAGUUGAGUCUAACUACAGGAUAGGAUAAAUAGUUGAGUCUAACCACUGUUAUCUAAUAAUGAAUACAAUUAAAAGCAUUUAACUCCCUAUCUAGGAAAAUAUAUAAACUAAGGCAUAGACAAAACAAUGGGAAAUGCUGAAAAAUUUUCCAAUGGAGAGAAGUAAUCUGGAUAAUUUUUGCCAAAAGUUCUUUUCAUGUCAUAUGUUAUUAGAAUUUGGGGGGACUAAAUUUUUUUAAGAAUGCUGCAACUCGCAACUCAUCUUCAGGAGACCACCGCAGAGAAAAGUGUAGAAAUGAAAUCCAUUUGUCAGCAUUUAUCCCAUAAGUUUUUCAUUUAGAAACAAUGUGUUUAUCUUCUAAUUUUGUAACCAAUACGUUGUAUACUAUGUAACUCAUACUUCUUGAUAAAGCACCAAAUAUGUAUCUGUAACCACAAUCACAUAUAUUAUA